GCAAUGUAAAAAUUAUAAGCAAACUGGACCGUUCUUAACUCACGGGCCGGAAUGGGAGAAACUAAGAAAAUCUGUAGAAGUGCCGUUACAGUCGAUUGUUAGUGAACAAUAAGCUAACAUUGAUAAAACUAAUUCUGAUUUUGUACAAAGAAUAAUCUCCAUUAAAAAUAAAUAAGAAGAAAUGUAUGCAAAUUUUCAAACUGAAAUAUAUAAAUGGACCUUAGAAUGUCUUUGUUCAGUGGCUCUAAAUAGAAAAUUAGGAUUUUUGAUUCCGUAUGGUGUGUCUAUAUUGAAGCAGCUAAAGAUAGUUCAAAGAAAAAGAAAGCAAAAAAUCAAGGUUUGGAAAAACCAAGCUUUAUUGAACAUCUUUUAUUAAAGGAAAAUAUAAUUGGUGAGGACGUCAUGACUGUACAACUAGCCAUGUUCCUUAUUGGAGCGAAUGCGACUGUUCAUUCUGUGGCUUUCUUCUUUUAUCAUCUUGUUAGAAAUCCUCGGUGUCAGAUUAAACUCUACCAAGAAAUAAAGAGCCAUUCAGGACCGAUAACCGUUGCAAAACUGAAGAAAUUGAAAUACCUGCAAGCCUGUCUUAAAGAAACCCUACGUUUAGAACCACCAAUUCCAAUUAUUAGCCGCGUCCUCAGCAACGAUGUCGUUUGUCACCACUACCGCAUUCCAAAAGGCACUCACAUGAACAAUAUGCGUGAAGAAUAUUUCGAAGAUGCUGCCAAAUUUAAACCGGAAAGAUGGUUUGAGGAUGAAAAAGGUGGAUUCGGCAACGAAUAUCAAACGUUUACUUCGAUGUCGUUUGGAUACAGACCCAGAAAUUGUUUAGCCAAAGAAAUAGCUGAGAAUUGAGUUGCUUCUUUGAUGUUAAAAGGUUUGCCAGAUGUUUAGAAUUGAGUAUAACUACGGCGACAUCAAGAGCUCAAGCGUCUUGAUGGCAGCUUCAACAAAACCUCUUCUUACAAAUCGUGUUUAGAUUUUUAUUAUUCGUUGGUAUGUUUUUUUGGAAAAACUUAUUUGUUUAGACAUUAAUAGAACAAGCGGACAAGAAAUGUCAGCAAAUUUUCAAACUGAAAUAUAUAAAUGGACCUUAGAAUCUUUUUGUUUAGUGGCUCCAAAUAGAAAAUAAGGAUUUUUGAUUUUGUAUGGUGCGGCUUCUGAUUCAGGUAGGUUUUUGGAUGGUCUCAAGCAACUUGAUGGCAGCUCCAACAAAACCUCUUAAAUUUAGACUUUUA